UUUUCUUUCAGCCAUUUUACUCGAAGGAUUUGCUUGUUGGGCUUUCUUUUUAUUAACCUUAACUAGUUUAAAGUGUUCUGUUAUCACUAGUUAAGCUACGGCCUAUUGAGUUCUGUUUUCUAAUCAUAUUUGCUCUCCUAAUCCUUUUGAAGCCUUUUGCAUAGCAACAACUUUGAAGUCAAUUUUAACGUUGACUUUGGCUUCAUUUAGAUAGGGUAGCACAAUGAGAAUCCUAACAUCGAAAAGGGUUAAAUAGUGAUUGAGACGCAAAACCAUCCGGUGGAAUAGCAAAAAACUCAAGGUCUUUGUCUUUCACAUGAUGUCCUGAAAAGCUCAAUCAAUGGAGGGCUGGUAGAUGUUUCACAGUUCUCAAGAAGAUAUUAAUUGACGUUCUUAGCUACCUUGAUAACGACAACAAAUUUGUUUCCACGUCUAGUGCAUUAGAAAACACGUCAAGCUGUUGGAGUAGUUUGCAAGGAACUGUGUGGCUUUUCUUUGGUGAUUUUGAAUAACUUCUUGUAUAACAGAUUGGUUUUGAACGAGGAACAAUAAAAAUGGAAGAUGAGAGGCGUGAUUUCAUCAGUAGUUUGCCUCAGGAUAUUCUGAAACGAAUCAUAUCAAUCCUUCCUCUGGAAGAGGCAGUGAGGACAAGCGCCUUUUCAACUGUCUGGAGAAGCCUCUGGGUACCUGUAUUACUAACCUGUCAUGAAGAAGCCAAAGAAGAGCUACAGGAAAUCAUCUCCCAGUCUUAUGAUGUUCAUCGGGUAUGGAAGCUGUGUUUAAGCUACCAGGAAAUUAAGGAUGGAGUCACUGUUUUAGCUACCAAAGGGGUAGAACAAGAACUUCACCUCGAGUUCUCUAAGAGGGAGAAAGAGGCCAAGAAUUUCCAUUUGAAGUUGGAACCAAUAACUCGCCCUGCCUCACAGAUAGUCCGCUUUUCCACUCUCAAGAUGCUUCGUGUUAGAUCAGUUAACCACCUUGGCAAUGAUUUGAUUUCUGCCUUAUUCUCCACUUCUAAGUUUCUUGAAAGCUUGGAGCUAGAAAAGUGCAGUGGACUGCAAAUCCUUGAUAUAGAAGCGAAUGACCACCUUCAAAUCCUGAAAGUGAUGGAUUGUCCAGACAUGGCCAACAUCACAGUCUCAGCUAGAAAUCUCAGAUCAUUUUGGUAUCAAGGUGUUCUUCCUCAGAUUCAGCUGAAGAAUACUUUAGACUUGGUAGAAGUGAUGCUUGAUUUGAGGAAUGGUUUUUGCAGUAGUGAGUUUGAUUGUGAGGAUGUUCUUUCUUUCCUAACUUCUCUCAGGGAAAUUGAGAUCCUCACUAUUAACAGCUGGCUUCUUGAGUGGUUGUGCUCGGGAGGAGUAAUCUUUUCAAGGCUGGAAUUCAGAUUCAACAAUUUGAAGGAAUUGAGCUGGAUGGAUUCUGGACUGAACAAGACCAAACGGGACUCAUUGGCUUGCUUCCUGAACAUCUGUUCUUUCCUGGAGAAGUUGUUAAUCAAAAUUGAUCCUGACCUCAAUUCUAUACCUUGUCCAUAUUUUCACCAAUACUGGCAUGAACCUCACCUUUGGAUGGAUGAUGCAACAGUGAAAUCCAAUACUUCACAGCUCGAACACCUCAAGAUUGUAGAGUUUUUGGGUUAUAAAAGUGAAGAAGAUCAGAUUUUGCUAAUGGAACUUUUAUUGGAGAAGGCAAACAUGCUCAAGUCAAUAACUGUUACUUCACCAGAGAAUCAUUCAUGGGAGGUUGCAAAGGUCCCUCAGAGUCAGCUAAAGCCGACAUGGAAUACAAGUAACCAACAACAGCAGAAUGCAGUUUUCUCUCUUAUAAAGGACUUCUUUUUGGAAUUUUUUGGAGAGAUUAAUGUUGUUUUCCGUCCAGAAAAGGCUGGAAUUUGUAAUUUGAGUUUUUGGCAUUGAAUCCUACUUCUGUAUUUUGAUUGAAGAAACUGUAAUAAUAUUUUCAUUGUGUACGUGCAUAAAUCGAGUCGUGAGCUAUUAAAGAAAGGGAUAGGGAUUGAUUAACAAGGAAGUCCAAAAACCCUGACCUACAUCUUAUGUAAUACAUAAUUGAAACUGUUUAUUAUGAACAUUGUGCAUUUCUAUUCCGCAAUAACUAUUCAGUAGAUUUUUUUCUGUUCUUUUUUUAGAAAAUGUGACUACAGCCGGCCUCCAGUUCUUCCUCAAGCCAUUUUAUUCACU